GGACUUGGUUAAGGAAAGAAAAAAAAAAGAGAAUAAAAUCGGACUUAUAAUCUGGUAACGGAGAAGAACGACACCACGACAGACAUAAUAGAUCUGUUUUGUAUUUGUUUUUGAAUCUCGUCUUUCUUAAAAUCAUACCGUAAUUAAUACUGUUUUUAAUUCCAAAAAAAACUGCUCUCUGCGACAACAAAGUCAUAUCUCUCGCAGCAAAUUUAUCUCGCAAAUUCUUCGCCGGAAAUAGGAAUUUGGAUCUUUGCAACAAGUUUGAGUGUUUAACUGAGAAUUUUGCUGAUAUUUAGGAGGUUACAAUGUUUUAAGUGUUUAACUGAGAAUUUUGCGGAUAUUUAGGUUACUUCAAGAGGAAUCAUGGCUAAUGGGAGUUUUUGAGUGUGAGAGGCUAGAAAGUUCACCAAAACGUCUUAGAAUUUUCCGUACUUCAAUGUCAUCAGAGGCUUCGCGAAUGGUGCUUGGCGCAAAGCGUCUAAUAAAGAAGCAUGAGUUUGUAAGAGUAAUAAUUCAAUGCCUAUACUCGUUAGGCUUUGAUGAGUCAGCUUCAUGUUUGGAGUUGGAGUCCGGUAUUUCGGACAAAUCCCUUGAAUUUGAAUUGCUCAAAUCUCAAAUACUAGCUGGGAAUUGGGAUGGUUGCAUUCACACCCUUAGGACAUUCAAAGACUUGGUGGAUGAUACGAGAGCUUCGGCUUUGUUUCUCAUAUUUAAACAGUGUAUACUUGAGUAUUUGAGUCGCGGAGAUUAUUCGUUGGCUUUAACCAUUUUGCGGAAAGAGGUUUCUGCAUUGGAAGUGGGCAGAGAUAAGGUUCACAACCUUGCUCACAGUGUCCUUUCUUUGGAGGAGCUGGGAAAGAACGAUGAUAGCGUUGUUCUUGGACUGCGAAAAAAGUUGUUGAGAGAGUUGGAACAUUUGCUUCCCCCACCAUUUAUUGUGCCCGAAAAAAGGUUGGAACAUUUGGUUGAAACUAUUGUGCUGGCUCAAAUUGAUUCAUGUGUGUACCACAAUUCACCAGAUCUGGUUUCACUUUGUGUGGAUCAUUCAUGUGGAAGAGAUCAGAUCCCCACAAAGACCAUUCAGAUUUUGACUGAACAUAAAAACGAAGUAUGGUUUGUACAAUUUUCUAAUAGUGGCAAGUACUUAGCGUCUUCAUCAAGCGACUGCACAGCCAUCAUAUGGGAGGUACUGGAAGAUGGAAAGAUAACACCGAAACACACGCUACUUAGUCACCAAAAACCAGUAUCUUUUGUCGCGUGGAGCCCUGAUGACACGAAGUUGCUCACCUGUGGAAAUAUGGAAGUUCUCAAGCUCUGGGAAGUGGAAAUGGGUACACUGAAGCACACGUUUGGAGAUCAUACCUUCAUUGUGGGCUCAUGUGCUUGGUUUCCCGAUUCUAAACGACUUGUAUGUGGCAGUUCUGAACCCGAAAAAGGCAUCUGCCUAUGGGACUGUGAUGGGAAUGAGAUAAAAGCGUGGAGAGGAAUGAGGAUGCCAAAAGUUCUGGAUCUUGCGGUCACGCCCGAUGGAGAAAAUCUCAUCUGUAUAUUCUGUGAUAAAGAAAUUCGCAUUUUAAAUGUGGGAACAAACGCUGAGCGUGUCAUUUUGGAGGAGCACUCGAUCACGUCCCUUUCACUUUCAGGAGACGGUGAGUUCUUCAUUGUCAAUCUUAACAGCCAGGAGAUUCAUAUGUGGGAUGUUGCUGGGAAAUGGGAAAAGCCAAUGAAGUACACGGGCCACAAGCAGAGCAAGUAUGUGAUACGAUCGUGCUUUGGAGGAUUGACUAGCAAAUUUAUUGCUAGUGGUAGUGAGAAUACGCAGGUCUACAUAUGGAACCGGCGAAAUUCCAGGCCAAUUGAGGUUUUGUCUGGGCAUUCAAUGACUGUGAACUGUGUUAGCUGGAAUCCUAGAAGGCAUCGGAUGCUGGCAUCAGCGAGUGACGAUCAAACAAUCCGAAUAUGGGGGACCUAGCCCACCAUAUAACACGCCAUCCCAGAAGCAUAGUUAAACAGAUAGAUAACCAAUUUUAACUCCUGUAAAUAGCCUCUCCUCUUUUCUAGCGCUUAUUCAUUCACGAGUGUGUGUAAAUUUGUAAAAUGGCCGUCUUUCAAAAUCUUUAGUAUUGGAUUUCCAUUGCAUCUUGUUUCAUUUCACCCUUAGUAAUCUAGUUGGCUUUGCAUAUUGCGCUUGUUUGUCCAAUUUUUUAUAACAUCUGUAAAGCUAUAGAAUACAUGGAGAUGGGGAGUUUCUGGUUGUUGCCGUCCACUGAGAUUCUUUUGAGACUAUUUAGCCCUUUCUUUUUUUUAAUUUA